AUGUUCGUGUACCUGGCAGUGUCCAACUCGGCCGUGAGCUCAGCUCUCAUCCGAAAAGAACUUGGGGCUCAACAUCCAGUAUUCUACACUUCAAAAGCUCUCCUCGAUGCAGAGACUCGCUACCCGAAAUUGGAGAAGCUCAUUUUGGCCCUUGUAGUUUCCGCGACAAAGCUGCGACCCUAUUACCAAGCUCAUCGAGUCAUCGUCAUGACUGACUUUCCUUUGAGAUCAAUCCUCCAUAGCCUUGAUACUUCUCAGCAACUCAUGAAGUGGGCUAUAGAGCUAAGCCAAUACGACCUCCUCUACCGGCCGAAGGCUGCAAUAAAAGCCCAAGCAUUGGCAGACUUUGUUGCAAAAUUCACACCAUCGGCCGAAGAAAAGAAGCUGGUUGGCAAAAAGAAGGAAAGUUCAAGAGUAGACAAGACCUCCGUUGAACUUAACCAACCCAAACACAUGUGGCAGUUGCACGUAGAUGGAGCGUCGAACCAGAAAAGAGCUGGAGUAGGUGUCACCAUCAUCACCCCAUAUGGAAGCUUGCUAGAGCAAGCUAUCACGCUUGGCUUCCCAGCUUCAAACAAACGAGGCAGAGUACGAGGCAUUGCUCGCUGGCUUGCGCUUGGCAAAUGA